GGGCGCAUGGAGCUGGGCUGCGCCGUGGGGGGCUCCGCGGCGGCCCCCCCGGGGCCGGGCCCCCCGCCCGUAGCCGCUGCCGUGGCCCCGAUGGAGGGCGAGGAGUACGAGAGCCUGCCCAGCGGAGCCUCGCUCGGCACCCACAUGCUGGCCGGGGCGGUGGCGGGCAUCAUGGAGCACACCGUCAUGUACCCGGUGGACUCGGUGAAGACGAGGAUGCAGAGCCUGCAGCCGGACCCCAAAGCCCAGUACAGGAGCGUGUACGAAGCCCUGAAGAAGAUUGUCCUGACGGAAGGCUUCUGGAGGCCUUUACGUGGCAUCAAUGUCACCAUGCUGGGGGCUGGCCCUGCCCACGCCAUGUACUUCGCCUGCUACGAAAAAAUUAAGAAGAGUCUCAGCGACACCAUCCAGCACGGAGGAAACAGCCACUUGGCCAAUGGUAUAGCUGGGAGCGUGGCCACCUUGCUACACGAUGCAGUGAUGAAUCCAGCUGAAGUGGUGAAGCAGCGGAUGCAGAUGUUCAACUCCCCCUACAAGUCUGUCCUGCAGUGCGUGAGGACAGUGCGGCGCACCGAGGGCUUGGGCGCCUUCUACCGCAGCUACACCACGCAGCUCACCAUGAAUGUCCCCUUCCAGGCCAUUCACUUCAUCACCUACGAGUUCAUGCAGGAGCAGGUGAACCCCCGCAGGGAGUACAACCCCCUGUCCCAUGUCUUCGCCGGCGGCGUCGCGGGGGCCGUGGCCGCCGCCGCCACCACCCCUCUGGACGUCUGCAAGACCUUGCUCAACACUCAAGAAAACAUGGCCCUGAGCUCGCUGAACAUCAGCGGGCACCUCUCGGGCAUGGUGAACGCCUUCAGGACUGUCUACCAGCUGGGGGGCGUCGCGGGGUAUUUCCGAGGGGUGCAGGCGCGCGUCAUCUACCAGAUCCCUUCGACGGCCAUCGCCUGGUCCGUGUAUGAGUUCUUCAAGUACUUCCUCACGAAGCACAAGCUGGAGAAAAGGACAUCCUUUUGAAGGAAGGACACCGAGGGAAUUCAAGCCUCGGUGUCCCCUCCGUGUGUGUGAGCCACCAGCGCCGGGUCCCUGCUGAAAAACGGGCCGGGGUCCUGGUGGGGGCACAGCUGAUGUCUGCUUUCCCCCCUCCCUGGGGGGAAGGUGGGCUUAAAAUGCUCCUCAGCCACCCGUUCCCCUCGUCGCUUAAAGGAUGAAAUAGUUUAUAAAGACUUAUAAUAAUAAUAUAUAUUUAAUAACUUUAUUUUGGAGAAGCAAAAUCGUUAACUGGUAUUUUUUUCUCUGGAUAAGUUUGAAGAUGUAGUUUACUCCUCACCAUAAGCCUAGGUUAUGAAACCUAGGCUGUUUUUUUACGGUGAAGAAGCAAAAUAUCCUCUGGUAGAACUUUUUAUAUAAAUAUAAAAUAGAUGGAUAAUGUUUAUCCUUUAUUUUUCUAUGUAGGCAUUUGGUUUGUUUUUUUAAAUAUUAUUACAGCUAGAUGCUGAGCUGUUUAAAAAGGGCUACAUUCUUCCAUCAUGUGCAAGGAAGACACAAAAGCAUUUAUUUUUAUAGCCAGAUUGGCUUUAAUUAUACAGCAUUUAGCCCCCAGACAGUGGCCUGGAUUCUCCUGUGGGUGUCGAGGGACUUGGUAACCCCUUGGGACUUGCUGGGGCCCUUGGGGAGAAGGAAUGGGGACACCACGUUGGGAAACAGUAGGAUGCCAGCAGGGGCACCCCAAAAUGCUUGGUCACUUUGCAGAGGAGGGGAUAUAUUUUUUUUACAAGGAGACUCUUAAAAAUGUCGAUUUUAAAAGAAUAGUAUUUUUUUCAAACACUUUUUUUUAAAGGUACAUUUUUAUGGUGUGUGAUAGCUGGAACAGGCUUCGUCCUCCCUUAAUUUAUUUGUACUUCUCUUUCACUAAGGCCCCGAUCCUGCUUCCAGGAGCAUCCGUGCGCAUCCUGAGAGCUGCUGGGCUUGGAGCAGGGUGCGUGGAGCUUCUGGUCACAUCCUGGCAGCACCAAACCAGCAGCCAGCACCGAAAACCUUGGGAAAGUCCAAAUUGCAGACCUGGAGCCGCCUCUCAGUCUGCGUUUGACAAUAAAUUGCUGUUCAUCUCUGUUCGGGGGGGGGGUAAAAACCACAACCUGGAGAGGUUCCUCGUGCCGUGGGUUUGGUUUUGCUGCUGCAAAAGCUGAGAUUCGUGGCGUUUGGCAAUGUUGUGCCUGCUCUGAAGGGUGUCAGCCUUAUUGCUCCUGCUGGGAACGGCUCUUCCCGACGCAUUCUUCGUGUUUGCCUUUGUAGAAAUGCUGAUUUUUUGGGAGCGCAGCCUUUGUGCUGGGGAUGGAGAGCCCCAAAGUGCCCUUCCCUGGUUUGAGGGGAUCGGGUUUGCCCCACAGAUGGCACCAGGUAGUUCUGCAAACUUGGUGUGAUGUCCUGGGGAGUGGGUUUUGGGUGUCUGAACCACUUACGUGGGCAUCAGUAACCGAUGACAAAAUUGAGGGAUUUUUAGGGAUUUGAGGACUCUGAUGGGCAAAUCUCGCACCCAGAUAUUUCAGGCUGGUCCCAUCCCACUGCUGUGCUGGUGGCAGCUUUUGCUGUGCCCCAGAUGAGGCUUCAGCUUGUUUUUUGGCACAGGAAGGGCCUGAGGAAGGGCUGCAAUGUGACUAGCACACGUCACUGGGGAUGUCCCACAAGCCAGGCAUGCUGUAUGGGAUGACACUAAGCAGAGCUAAAAGCCUCUUGCUCCGUUAUUUGGAGAAGCCGAAUCGCAGAGCGCCUCUGGGCGGUGCUGCUUGUGCCUUGUGUAAAUUAACCUUGUGCCAAUGACAGGAUGAGGCUCUCCAUGCCUUUUUGUCUCUGAAACCGAACGAAUCACUGUGUCCAACGCACACUUUGUCUUAAAGUGCAAAACGUUUACCCUCGAGGCCGCUGGAGGAAGCCCUCAGCCCCUGCUGCCCACCAGGGUCCUAGAGGUUGGAGAUCCUCGAGCUUGCUGCUAGGCUUGGGCAUCUUUUUUUCCUUUCUCUUUAGAAGCUAGAGAGUCACUAAGAGGAACCAGAACUGCACAAAAAAAAAAAAUCCAUCGGAGAUGGGCGUGAACACUUAGAAGAAAAUUUUGGGUCACUUUAAUGCUGAGAGGCAAAGUGUAGCAUAAAGGGGAGGGCGGCAGCUUUUCAGUGCAGCUUCCCUAGGAGUCAAACUUGGCCGUGCAUCCUCCUCUUCCUCUGCUCGCUGGGAUUUCGUAGUCCUAAUUUUUUUUUUUUUGGUGGCUGCUCCUGGAGGCACUGGUGUCCCCGGGGGCUCGGUGGGCAGGGUCAGCCCUGGCUGUGCAGCCGAGCAUCCUGCUCAGAGGGGGAUGUUGCUUCCAAUUUCGGCUGCUUUUCGGGAAAAUGAGUGUCUGGUUCCCUCUGGAGCAUUGAGCACACAAGGCAUCGAGCACAAGCAACCAGAUUUUCUUGGGAACUUGCGCUGCCUUGAGCUCAGAGUGGGUGAGGAGCACUUCUAUGUUUAUUGAGCUCUUUAUUGAUUACCCUGGGUACUCAAUAAAACCAGGCUUCCCAUUCGUCAGCUGGAAAUGAGAAGGGGUGUGCCCAGUUGGUCUAAAAAUUGCAAAAAUCUGUUCAAUAAAUGUUCGUUUCCUGCUGUGCUUGAUGCUGGAUCCCCAGCUCAAAGCCCCUUCACCAAAGCCAUUGCUCCUCCUCUCUUCCUGUGUUCAGUUUGGAAGUUUUGCUGCGAGUCUGAAGUUAUUUUAACCUGGUAUGUGAAACAUGUACUGCUGCUUUGUCUGCAACGAACGCACAUGUAUUUAAGGGGGAGGAUGAGUAACUUUGUCCGCAGUUCUUUAUUUUAUUUUUUUUGCCCGCUUUGGAGUUCAGCGUGUUCUCUUAAAUGCGUAUUUAACAAUGCAGGAGUUCAGUUGUGAGAUGCUGCUACAGUUGUAUCACUGGAGCUCAAGGAAAUAAAAAAAUAUCUCUGAUUUUUGGCCUUUUGGGCUC